UGUAAAUAACCACAGUUAUUAGUUACCAUAGUUAGUUUUACAUAGUUAACUGAGUUUGUUAAUUAGCUACUCAGUGGUUAGUUAGUUUGUUAGCUAGGUGGUUAAGCUCUUAAGCUUUCCUCUUCUUAUCUUCGGUAUAUAAACUGAAGCCAUUUUACAAUUCACUCAUUCAAUCAAUUGGAUCAUUCAGUUUCUUUCAGUUCUUGUUUUAUUCUCUGUAACAAACUCUAGGUUACAAUCUUGUUAUUUCCUACACCAAAAUUCUUGCUUGGUUUACAAUCAAGUGACCUUGUGCAAGAAGCCCUACAAAAACAGAAGCUAAAACCAGCCUCCAUGAGAUGUUUCAAUCCCUGCAAACUUGUCAUUGGGGCUAUUUGCUCCUGCAUUUUCAAUCUCAUUUGCUCAAGCUUUUCAAGCACAGGACAUAGAUAUAUCAGCUGAUAUCAAAAGGGUACAAGAAUUCUGAGUUUUGCUAUUGGAAUUUUUAAUCAUUUUUUAGCACAGAGAAUCCAUAAUGGCUCUUCAUCAUGGUCUACACCGUCGCCUGUUGCUUCACCAUCCAAACUCAACUGGUCCAGGUAGCAGGAAUUGGUCCAGGGAAUCUCUCACUGGUAGCUCAGAUUUUGACACCAUCAUGGUGUUUAUCUUGGCAGGUUUGGUUUUUGCCUUUGGACUUAUAUUUUCUCUGGUACUCCGCUCCAUUGUGCGUUGCGCUCAAAGAUGUAGCCGCAGUUUUGCUUUUGAAACCCCAGAUGAGGCAGUACCUCGUUUAGGCUCAAAAGAAUUAAAAAAGAGUGCAUUUCAUCAGAUCCCUAAAGUUGUUUAUGGUUCAGGUAGUACAAGUAGUGCAGCCACAGACUGUUCAAUUUGCCUUGGGGAAUUUAUGGAUGGAGUGAAAGUUAGAGUGCUACCAAAAUGUAACCAUGUGUUCCAUGUAAAGUGCAUAGAUGUAUGGCUGCUCUCACACUCUUCUUGUCCUAACUGCAGAGAAGUCAUUGCUUGAACGGUAGCUGUAGCUGUAGUUGCAAGAACAACUCACCAGGUAGAGAAUGCCUUAGGAGGACAUGAAUAUUAAGCCUUUAGAUGAAGCUGUGGUCGAGGUUGGCUAAUUGUAAAUUCAGGGUUUUAAAUUACAAUCGCAGUUGCGGCUGCUUUGUGGAAUUGCAGACAAAUGCUGGUUGGCAACGGUGUCAAUGUGGGGACAAGAAGACCUUUUACGUUGGGGCUGCAAUUGCGGUCAACCGCAAUUUAAAACCCUGGUAAAUUGCAAUCUUAAUCCUUGACUGUCAAAAUUCAUUAAGGAAGAGUAAAGAUGAAUAGAAAGAAGAAAGGGAUGAAAAAAUGGAGACUUGUUGUUUGUACUUUGUAGGUUUGAGUUUGGAAUUCUUAAUGUUUAAAGUGUACUUGUACAACUGUAUGAAGGAUUGAAGAUAUAUACUAGUACAGAAAUAACUGAUGGGUGAUGAUUUCAGAUACUAUCCUGUGUUUGUUGUCUGUGAAUAGAUUGAAAGGCAAGUGAUGCAGAGCAAGUUGGAUGCUUUGAUAAAAUUUUGUUUCCGGGAUAUAAAUUAGAAGAGGAAAAAUAUGUCUUUGUUAAUGAGUGACUAACUUAAACUUUGUUUACUUUUUCCCCUUUUUCUCACUGAAGCCCUUGGUUAACAUCUGAAUUGAGCUCAAGUGGAUUUAGUUCAUGAUCAGCAUUUGGAUUGUUGAACUAACUAAAAUUAUUACAUCACCAAAGCAGACCCUGAUGCUCUUUCAAAAAAUUACAAUUGAAUGAAUCUAGCCUUAGUUAGUACUUAGGACCGGAAAAAACCAAGUCCUGAAUAAGAAUCUCAAAAAGUCAGUUGGAUAUCUGAUUCCAAAUCUAAAUCAGUAACUAAUCCAUAAUCAAUAAGAAUAAAUCAAGAGCAAGGAGAAUGCUUUAAUAACUAGCUUUCCAUGGGGAAGAAGGCAUGAGACAAACUCUAGUGUUUUUGCAGAGAUGGACAAUUAUUUCAGCUUUCAAAGUGAGUUCACAUGGCAUUCAGAGCAAACCUCUGCUCAUUUCACUUAUCUAUUCAAGCUUCCAUACACCAACAUACUUGUGCAAUAUCCAUUUCAUGAGUACUGAUUCAGGAUUUUGGUUUCAUUUGUUGCUCUUUGCCUCUUUUGUCUGUUGUUUUCUGUUUGAACAGAGUUCUUAGCUUAUACUAGAAUUCUUAUUGAUAAUUGAAUUCAUUUCUUAGUAUCUUAAUUCUUGUGUAUUUUCUUUCACACUAGUAAUUCAUUCAUCUUCAUGUCUUUCUAAACUCUAAAGUUAUCUUCGUCCUUCAGUUCCUAUUGGAAUUCUUCAGUAUAAUGUCUUCAAAGAGAAAAAUAAAAAGGCAGAUGGAUCUUCUGGCUCAAGAGGGAAAUCAUCCACUUCAAGAAGGAAAUCUAAAGGACAGUCAUUGCUUCAACCUUAGCUUUAGCUGUAGUUGCUGCUGCAGGAACAACUCACCAUGUACAGAAUGCCUUAGGACGAGGCCUUUAGCUCAAGCUGUGGACGAUGUUGGCUAAUUGUAAAUUCAGGGAUUAAAAUUGCGGUUGCGACUGCUUUGUGGAAUUGCAGAUAAAUGCAGGUUGGCAACAAUGCCGAUGUGGGGAGUCAAAAACCUUUUACGUCAGUGCUGCAAUUGCGGUCAACCACAAUUUAAAACCCUGGUAAAUUGCGAUUUUACUCCUUGACCGUCAGAGAGUGAAGAUGCACUAGAAUUCUAGAAAGAAGAAAGGGAUGAAAAAAUGGAGACUAGUGGCUUUGAGUUUGGAAUUCAUAAUGUUUAAAGUGUACUUGUAUGGAAUUCAUAAUGUUUAAACUGUAUGCAGCAUGCAGGAUUGAAGAUAUAUAUUAGUGUAGAAAAAACUGCUGGGUGAUGAUUCAGAUUCUAUCCUGUGUUUGUGCAUGUUUUUCUGACAUAAGAAAUAGUGCUAAAUCUUGAAUGUUUGUUGUUGUGAAA